UUUUGUAAACCUCCAUUCAUUUAUAUACGGAGUUUAUAACCGUGUCCGUCGUUUAGUACAAUAUUUCUGUUGAAUUUAGGUAAAGAUUGUACAAUGUAUUGGAAGUUUCAUGCUGCGCCUUCAGCAAGAGUAGCUGAGCUCCUAAAUAAAGAGGAUGUCACAUUAGAAGAAUUGUUGGAUGAAGAGGAUAUCAUACAAGAAUGCAAAGCUCAAAAUAGCAAUGUGAUAGACUUUCUGGUGCAGCCCGAGGUGAUGAUGGCCCUCGUGUCUCACAUGGUGACCGAGCCGGACCCGACCGGCGACGUGGCCUCCCAGUACCGCUACGCCAACAUGGCCUCGGAGAUCGUCACGUGCAACGUGCCGGCCAUUAUCGACCAGCUGGCUGGCGAGCGGCCGCUGCUGCGGCGGCUCUACAGCCUGCUGGAGUGUGAGCCGCCGCUGAACCCGCUGCUGGCCAGCUACUUCAGCCGCACGCUGGCGCUGCUGAUCGUACGGCGGCCCGGCCAGAGCUGGUACUCGUAUCAAUUCAACUGCCUCCAGGUGUUAGAAUUUCUCAAGUCGAUGGACACGUUCAUUGACCUGGUGCUGCGCCACCUGGGUACGUCGGCAAUCAUGGACCUCACGUGCAACCUCAUCUCGGGCAUCGAGGCGCCAGAGUAUCGCCAGAACGCGCUCAAUUGGCUCAACGACCAGCGGCUGGUGCAGCGGCUGGCCGAGCUGAUGGCCGACGGAGAGCACCCCGACCGGCAGGCCAACGCCGGACAGGUCAUCAUGUCGGUGGUGAGCUGCGCGCGCCAGAUGGCUCAGCAGCUCGGCCCCGGAGAGAAGGAGCCCAACCCGCUCGUCUCCACCAUCGAAACGACGGAGUUUGUGUCGUCGGUGCUGGACGGCGUGCUGGGCCCGGCGCGCACAGAGGCCGGCCUGGUGAACGCGUUCCUGGUGCUGCGGCUGCUGCUGGACACGGGCCGGCCCGGCGCGCCCUACGCCCAGAACGAGGCUGACGAGGAGGUGCCGCCGGAGGAGCCGGCCAGCGUGCAGGCGGUGGCGGACGCGCUGCUGCCGCGGCUGGCCGACUGUCACCGGCUGCUGCUGGAGCCGCCGCCGCGGCCCGCCGUGCCCACCACGUGCGGCCGUCUGGAGCCGCCGCUGGGCGCCACCCGGCUGCAGGUGGCGCGCCUGACCACGGCACUGCUGGCCGCCAACCGGCACCCGGUCAACUGCCGGCUGGCGCAGCUCGGCACCAUCGACCUGCUCCUGGACCUGUUCUUCCAGUACACUCUAAACAACUUCCUUCACUCGCAAGUAGAGCAAAGUAUCGCGCUCAUCCUAGAGGCUGAGCCACAGGAAAGUGAAGAAGGCAAGAGUUGCCACCCACUUCUAGUACAUAUUUUCACAAAGACAAAGCUAGUGCAGAGGAUACUUCAGGGAAUGGAGGAGCCUCAGACAAACGGCGAAUCGUCCGAACAAAAACGGUAUGUAAAAUAGCGCUCUUGUUCACAUUCGUUUCUUUCGUAAUUGCACUUAUUUUUCAUGGACAGUCGGAAACACUUUUUAAAUAUAACCGCAUUA